GCGGAGGUCAGGUGACAGCGGACCCGCCUCUGCCAAAGUCUAGCCGGGCCGGGGAACGCGGUGCAUUCCAGACCGGCACCUGGCGAGGCUCCUGCGUCCCGUGAGGGCGGUUCCUCGAGCCUGGGGGGCUCAGAUUGCUUUGGAAACGCUGAGAGAACCUUUGCGAGAGCGCCGGUUGACGUGCGGAGUGCGGGGCUCCGGGGGACUGAGCAGCACGAGACCCCAUCCUCCCCUCCGGGUUUUCACACUGGGCGAAGGGAGGACUUCUGAUCUCUGCCUCUUCCAGUAACAUUGAGGAUUACUGUUUUGUUAGAGCUCGCUAGGCGCCCUAAGCAACAGAGUUCUGAGAAAUCAAGAAACAUGAUAAGGAAUUGGCUGACUAUUUUUAUCCUUUUUCCCCUGAAGCUCGUAGAGAAAUGUGAGUCAAGCGUCAGCCUCACUGUUCCUCCCGUUGUAAAGCUGGAGAACGGCAGCUCGACCAACGUCAGCAUCGCCCUGCGGCCACCAUUAAAUGCAACCCUGGUGAUCACUUUUGAAAUCACAUUUCGUUCCAAAAAUAUUACUAUCCUUGAGCUCCCCGAUGAAGUUGUGGUGCCUCCUGGAGUGACAAAUUCCUCUUUUCAAGUGACAUCUCAAAAUGUUGGACAAGUUACUGUUUAUCUACAUGGAAAUCACUCCAAUCAGACCGGCCCGAGGAUACGCUUUCUCGUGAUCCGCAGCAGCGCCAUUAGCAUCAUAAACCAGGUGAUUGGCUGGAUCUACUUUGUGGCCUGGUCCAUCUCCUUCUACCCUCAGGUGAUCAUGAAUUGGAGGCGGAAAAGCGUCAUUGGUCUGAGCUUUGACUUCGUGGCUCUGAACCUGACGGGCUUCGUGGCCUACAGUGUAUUCAACGUCGGCCUCCUCUGGGUGCCCUACAUCAAGGAGCAGUUUCUCCUCAAAUACCCCAACGGAGUGAACCCCGUGAACAGCAAUGACGUCUUCUUCAGCCUGCACGCGGUUGUCCUCACGCUGAUCAUCAUCGUGCAGUGCUGCCUGUAUGAGCGCGGUGGCCAGCGCGUGUCCUGGCCUGCCAUCGGCUUCCUGGUGCUCGCGUGGCUCUUCGCAUUUGUCACCAUGAUCGUGGCUGCAGUGGGAGUGACCACGUGGCUGCAGUUUCUCUUCUGCUUCUCCUACAUCAAGCUCGCAGUCACGCUGGUCAAGUAUUUUCCACAGGCCUACAUGAACUUUUACUACAAAAGCACCGAGGGCUGGAGCAUUGGCAACGUGCUCCUGGACUUCACCGGGGGCAGCUUCAGCCUCCUGCAGAUGUUCCUCCAGUCCUACAACAACGACCAGUGGACGCUGAUCUUCGGAGACCCAACCAAGUUUGGCCUCGGGGUCUUCUCCAUUGUGUUCGACGUGGUCUUCUUCAUCCAGCACUUCUGUUUGUACAGAAAGAGACCGGGGCUUCAGGCAGCGCGCACAGGCUCUGGCAGCCGUCUCAGGCAGGACUGGGCACCGAGCUUGCAGCCGAAGGCCUUGCCCCAAACUACCAGCGUUUCUGCGAGCAGCUUGAAGGGCUGACCUUGCAGCCGGGAGAGCCAAGGGCACUUUGCUGCCACCGCUGCGUUCCCAGAGACCAAGCAGCCAGGUGCCGUGGCCCGUGGACUCAGAGGUGCUGGUGGAGGGGCUAGGACUUUGGGGUCAGGCCGUGGGGCUCUUUCUCUGAAGGCCACUUUCCUGACAUACUGUCUCUACAUAACUCGGUGUCCGCGACUGCAGCAACAGCUGGCCCUACCCAGAGUAUUUCUGAGCCCUGAGGGGCCACCAGAUUGGUUCUGAAUUGGACUCGUGCCCAGCAGAUUAGCAGAGUAACUCCUUUCAGAUUUUUUGGAGGGACGUUUGGAAGUGGCCUACUCUCUUCUGCCCUCUCUCCUACCUCCACCUUCUCAGAUGAGCCCCGUCUGAGCACAUCCAACUGCUCCUUACCCAGCAUCUGGAGUACAGGACACAUCCCUCUCCUGCUACCAAUCUGUGCCUUAGAGGUCUCUUAGGCCUGCCAAACGGCGACCAGCUCCCCUGGAGGGAGGGCAGGCCCCCUUCUCUCUCUUUCCCCAGACCCCUACUUGAGACCAAUUUCUGGCCUGUUCAGGAGCCUCAGAUAAGUAUUUGUACUUGAGACCACUUCACACAAUCUGUAUGGGCCCAACCCUGAUCUCAAACCUCCUUCCCUCCGCCCGAAGUCAUCGUCCUUCCUAUGGCAGGAGGGGGGUCCCAGGACGUGCCUCAUACAUGACUUGAGCUUGUCAGUCCACUGAGUUUCCUUCUACAAGAUCAACGCGAGGGGCCUGUAUCUUGAAUUAAAACCUACUCGCUUCCUUUCUGCA